UUCCGACUAAUGCCGAAUAUGUACCCAUCACGACGAUCACGACGAUCACGACACUAAGAACGUAACAACAUUUGUUCAAAAUGGCGAUCCCAGAAGGGAGUAGUGAGCUGCCGAACUUAAAAAUUGAAAUAGAGAACGAUCUCGAUGAAGCAAUGGAAAUUGACAAUGAUAUCAACGCAGAGGACAAAAUAUCUAAAGACGAUGGUCCGGAAGAAGGCGAAUUGAGUGACUCCAAAGAUAAUGACACGGAAGUGAAAACUUCUGUGUUUGGUCUUGCUAUGUCAACAUCCACUGUUCCAACCUGGGACCGGGAGAAACGUUAUGAAAAUAAAGGCGGUGCAUUUGUGACGGGUGUUGAUAUCUUUGCAAAGGAAGAACAAAUGAAACUAGGUGAACGAGCAAAGAGAUUUGGUCUGGAUCCUUCGGAUGCAAAACCCGUAACUGAACAACAAAUUACUGAGUUGUAUAAAAGUUUGGGAAUGAAGGAUGAAGAAGGUACUGAAAAGCAUUUCCGUCUGAACACAUUGCAUGUAAGAGGUACGGAAAACAUGAGCACCCAGGACAUUUUUAAUUACUUCAAAGAUUAUGGGCCAGCUUCCAUCGAAUGGAUUAACGAUUACUCAUGUAAUGUAGUGUGGAUUGAUAAUUUGUCUGCGGCCAGAGCAAUGAUUGGACUCUCUACACAUGUUAAAGGCUUGGAUGAAUUUCAUUCUAAGGCCAAUCCAUUUCUUAAGGAAGGGGAAAGGGAAAAGGAAAGUGAUAAAGAAAAUGAAAAGGAGGAGGUAGUAGUUGUGCAAGAAAUUGAGGAGCCAGAUGGAGAUGAUAUUAUCAUGGUCAUGGAAAGAAGCAGACCUUUCACAAAAGAACCUCACAUUAAUGUGGACAGUGAUGAGGUUCAUGCAUCUGAUAUUCCAAUUCCAAUUCCACCUGGAAAAUGGAGGAAGGGCACAUCACAUCCAAAAGCCAAGUGUAUUUUGUUAAGGUUUUCAACUCGGACAGAUAAGAAACAGCCACAAGCUGAAAAGAUGAGUGAAUAUUAUAAAAAAUAUGGCAACCCUAAUUAUGGAGGAAUAAAGGGUCUAAUUACAUCAUCCAGAAAACGACGAUAUCAGUGGCAUGAACAUAAUAUUAAAGUCUUUGAAGAUGAUAAAGGUGAUGAAAGAGACUUCAGUGAAGUUCUGAGUGAUGGAAAGAACCCAUGGGGUAAUUUGGCAAAAUCAUGGAGCAAGCUAGACAGAAACCGUAGUAGGAGAAAAUCAGACUCUCACGAUGUGAUAAAGGCAUCUCGACCCAGGGCAUUUCCUACUACACAGCCUAGCUAUGAUGAACAUGAAGGCAGGUCCAUUCUCCACCGAAUUGGAACAGUGACAGCAGCUCCAGACCGUGCUUCAGAUUCAGAAGAGGCUUCUAACUCAUUUGAAAGUGAUGAGGAAUCAGAAUGGACAAAGCGAAGCAAAGUUCCUCGUAUGAGAAUGUAUGCUGAUGAGGAAGAGGUUCGCAUAGAGCGCCGUAAAGCACAAGUACAAGCUCAGUCAAGAAGAAAAAAGGAGAGGGAUAUGAGGAACAGUCAUGAAGAUCAGGAGAGAAGAAGAAGCAAUAGUGCUCACAAAGAGAGUUCCAGGUCACAUUCUCGAAACAAAGACAGUAAACACAGGAAAAGUAGAACAUUUGAAAGCUUUGAUAAAGAUACUACAUCCAAGACUCAAGAUGAUCUAAGGAGUAGGUUAGAUAGGGAUGGGAAAAGUAAAGCUAGAGGAGGUACUAGUGUUGUUACUUCAACUGUGUGGGAUAGACUGAACCACCACCAAUCAGGUGAUACAAUUGAUUGGGAACAAGAAUCCAGUGGUAGUGAUUUGGAUGUGAGUGAUCUCCAAAAUAAUGAUCAUGGUAGUUACGCUGAUCUGAGAGGCUCUCUGUUACAGGCAAAAAAGAACAGUUCAAAAUUUGGAGGAGGAGACCUGAGAUCAAAGCUCAACCAGAAGAAGACUAUGAGGGAGCACACUCCAAUGCAGAAAUCGCCAUUACGUAUUGAAAUUGAUAACGAUGAAUAUUAUAGGCUUAUUGGCAGUGAUCAGGAAUAAACACAAUAUCUUUUGUAAUUGUAACACAGAUCUUUAGAGCACAUUAUUCAAGAACUUGAAAUGGUGAAUAUGCACAACUACUGUGAUUGGUUUAAUAUGGGUGUAGUUUCUUUUUACAAUUUUAUCUGCGUAAUGAAAAUAUACUAUAUGUAAUUUUCCUGAAUUAUAACAGUUGCAAUAAGAAGCAUCUGAAUUCCCAAGUAAUACAUUACAUUGUUCUGAUA